UGCCCGGCUGUGGCCGCCUCCGCAGGAGCGAGGCCGGGAAGAGGCGCGCUCGCUCUCGCUCUCUCGCGGCGCCCCAAACAUGGACGGCAGGGCGGCGGCGGCGGCCGGGCCAGGGCAAGCCGCUAUGGAGAGUGGAGGUGGACCCGGACCGGGCCGGAGACCUACUCGCUUGGUGUCUGGGGCGGCGGGGCCAGUGGCAAGCGCCGCGGCGGCAGCGGCUGGGGGGACGAUGGCGAGCGUAGCCGGGUCUCGACAGCCCAGCAUGGAGACGUUGGACAGGAGUUCUAGAUUGCAUACACGCCCCACAGGAUCCCAUGUUGAAUGGUGUAAGCAACUCAUUGCUGCUACAAUUUCUAGUCAGAUUUCAGGUUCUAUGCCCGCAGAGAGUGUAUCCAGAGAGUACCGGGUAUACAGGAGGCCUACUAUAAGGGAGAUUCAGGAUGGACACAAUGGCUAUCCUUCUGACGCAGAAGUUGAUCAGGCACUGAGGGAUGGAAACAAACUCGCCCAGAUGGAAGAGGCUCCACUUUUUCCUGGAGAAUCAAUCAAAGCUAUCGCUAAAGAUGUCAUGUAUAUCUGUCCAUUUAUUGGAGCCAUCAGUGGUACAUUGACAGUGACAGAUUUCAAAAUGUAUUUCAAGAAUGUUGAAAGGGAUCCCCAUUUUGUUCUUGAUGUUCCUCUUGGAGUGAUAAAUAGGGUUGAAAAGAUUGGAGUGCAGAGCCAUGGAGAUAACUCUUGUGGUAUAGAAAUUGUUUGCAAGGAUAUGAGAAAUUUGCGGUUUGCCUAUAAACAGGAAGAGCAUAGACUGGAGAUUUUUCAGAACCUUAUUACGCGAGCAUUUCCUCUUUCUCAUGGGCUGCCAUUGUUUGCAUUCAGCUAUAAAGAAAAAUUUCCUGUUAAUGGCUGGAAAGUUUAUGAUCCAAUGGCAGAAUAUAAGAGGCAGGGAUUACCUAAUGAGAGCUGGAAAAUAUCUAAAAUUAAUAGUAUGUAUGAGCUUUGCGAUACGUAUCCUGCCAUUCUUGUUGUGCCAACUAGUGUAAAAGAUGAUGACCUCUCCAGAGUAGCAGCAUUCAGGGCAAAAGGCAGAGUUCCAGUGUUAUCCUGGAUCCACCCUGAGAGUCAAGCUACCAUCACACGAUGUAGCCAGCCUCUAGUAGGCCCAAAUGACAAACGCUGCAAAGAAGAUGAGAAAUAUUUGCAAACAAUCAUGGAUGCCAACGCUCAGUCCCACAAGCUUUUUAUCUUUGAUGCCAGACAGAACAGUGUUGCAGAUACAAAUAAGGCAAAAGGCGGGGGAUAUGAAAGUGAAAGUGCCUACCCAAAUGUUGAGCUGAUCUUCUUGGAGAUCCCAAAUAUCCAUGUGAUGAGAGAGUCACUGCGUAAGCUGAAAGAAAUAGUUUACCCUACAAUUGAUGAGUCUCGAUGGCUGUCCAAUGUGGAGAGUACUCACUGGCUGGAAUAUAUACGGAUGCUUCUUGCUGGAGCAGUGAGAAUCGCUGACAAAAUCGAAUCUGGUAAAACAUCAGUGGUGGUACACUGCAGUGACGGCUGGGAUCGUACCACUCAGCUUACCUGUUUAGCCAUGCUCAUGUUGGACAGCCACUACAGAACCAUCAAAGGCUUUCAGGUCCUCCUGGAGAAGGAGUGGAUGAGUUUUGGACAUCGGUUUGCAAUGCGAGUAGGCCAUGGAGAUGAUGAUCAUGCUGAUGCUGACAGGUCACCUAUCUUCCUUCAGUUCAUCGACUGCGUAUGGCAAAUGACAAAGCAGUUUCCAGCUGCCUUUGAGUUCAAUGAACUGUUCUUGGUCACCAUUUUGGAUCAUCUUUACAGCUGUCUCUUUGGCACUUUUUUAUACAACUCUGAACAUCAGCGAAUAAAAGAGGAAAUCCCUACAAGGACUGUCUCUUUAUGGUCAUACAUUAAUAGCCAACUAGAUGAAUUCAGUAACCCUUUCUAUGUAAACUAUGAAAACCACGUCCUCUAUCCAGUUGCCAGUCUAAGCCAUUUGGAAUUAUGGGUAAACUAUUAUGUGCGAUGGAAUCCACGAAUGAGGUCCCAGAUGCCAAUUCACCAGAAUCUGAAGGAGCUCCUUGCCAUCAGAACUGAGCUCCAGAAGCGGGUGGAGGAGCUGCAGCGGGAAGCAGCGACACGUUCCAUUUCUUCUUCAUCAGAUAGGGGGUCGUCUCCUGUAGCCACACCGGUGCACACCUCUGUCUGAUGUGUGACUGGAAUCGAGUGCAGAGAUCCAUGGAUGUGGUUCAACACAGUGUUCAGGGUCAUUUUGGAAAGAAAUGGAUCAGAAAUCUACUUCAGGAUGUGUAUGUGAUUUGGCUUUGGGGACUGCAGCCCGGCUUUUGCAAUAUUGCUUUGAGGCUGAUGCACAGAUUUCAGAGUGUCCCAAGUAGUUAGUAUUACUUUGUCUACACAGGAGUCCUGCCUUUGGUCAUCCCUUCCAGUAGAGCAGGCAAGGCACCACCAUGGUGUCAAUAAAGAAGUCACCAAUCAUUUCCCUCCCAUUAAGACUCAGCUUUGAAUGUCUCACUUUGAAGUAUGUACUGAAAAAGAAAAUUCUCAGAAGUGGGUUAGAGCAAGGCCCAACUGCUUUAUCAUUCUACAGAGUCUGUUGCCUGCACUGGCAGAAGAGGCAUUUGAAGACUUUUCUGUAUAGGAAACUGGCUCUCUGGCAUUGUGCAAGAUACACACAGACAACGUUGUUGUACAAGUCAGUCUUCAGUUUAUUGUCUUCCAGUUUGUGGUUCACCAGUCAAGUUCAGAUUUCCCUCCCCCAUCAUUCUUAUAUGCACUUUAGCAAAAUGUGUCUGCCUUUUGACAGCAUAAUAUACAAUUUUCAUCUGAGACAAAUCGUUUCUGUAUUAGCAAAGGUAUGUAUUGCCUAAAUAAAAACUCAGUUCUUUUGAGCACAGUCUACUCUUUAAGUCUGCUCUCUGCAUUUUUCUCAUUUCUUAUCAGGCUUAUCUUCUUCACUUGAGUUUCCUUUUCCAUUAGUAAAUUAGUAAAAAAAAAAGUUAUGUUCUUCUUUUGGAUUAACACCAUAUUAAGUAAUAAGAGCAAAUAAUCCCAGUGACAUUAAGGAUAGAGUGAUUGGGCAACUGACAAUAACUACUGGUCAAGACUGUGGCCUUAAACCUUUUGCCAAUGGAAGAUGUUAAGAGCAAAAGGUUUAAAGCAAGCCAACUCCUCAAGCAAGUUAAUGUUUCUACACCCCAACCAAUGUUCUCAUAAUUUAUAAAAUACCACAACCAUUUUCCUUUUCUGUUCCCCUUGCCCCCUGGUUGUUGUAUAUAAAUUCAGGGCACAAGAAGGGGGGUGGGAGAGUCUUAUAUACAUCUUUGGCCCAGUGGAAGACAUUAAUGCAUGUUAUUUGACCUAGUCUGGAACAUCUGGCCAAAUGUAUUUAUGUGGCAUUUCAAAGCACAGGUAGUUUUAAUUAUGAAUAUAAAACAGAGUAGAAAAACAGAAAUGGAUUCCUUCUGGAGAUGCAGUACUGCAAAGCUGGCAUGGCUACAGAGACAUUGGCCAGAAAAAGCCAAGUAUAUUGUUGCUUGUAGAAAAUGGGGGAAAGGUCCCGGGCAGGAAGGCGUAAUUAACUGCAGAGCACAUGCCUUGCAGGCAGACGGUCCUGGGUUCAGGGUUCAGUCUCCAGCUUCUCCAGGGUCUUUGAAAAGCAGAGACAAGAAGGCCUCUAGCUGAGGUCUUUUGAGAGCUACUGGGCCCAUAAUUAAGGUAACUUAUGUUACUCUCUGUGCAUUUGGGGGCCGGUUCUUGCGUGCAUGUGGCAGAACGAGGUGGUUGGAUAGAGUGCCCCAUGCCAUACUGAAGAUAAUCAAUGUGCUUUUAUGUUAAGAAGUCCCUGCAAACAAAAAACAAGCACAGCAAGCUAAGAGAGGGGGUAGACCCUCUUUGCCAGCAAUGCAAGUUCUGUAUUUGCCCGGAGUUUUUAAAGCAAAGGGACAUUCAAAGCUGAAAUCUGCCCCCUGCAGGCUGAAGUGUUACAGUCCAUUUCAUCACUUCAGUCAUUAUUAACACAGCCUGUAGAACCCUGAUCAGGCUGCUUUGAGAAGGGACAGAAACGCCAUGCACGGCCUGCCAGCAACUCCAGUGCACCCUUGUUUUUUACCUCUGUUUUAGAAACAGCAGGAUGGGGGGGGGGGAGAGUGUGUAUUGCUUCUCAAGGGGUGAGCCUUACCUCAGCACCCUUCAGUUGCUCCAGUACACAGAACCAGAGUUGCUCCAUAGAUAUUUGUGUGGCAAAAUGCUGUGGCAGCCAGUCAGCUGGGGAGGGCGCUUUGGGGAUAGGAUUAGCUACCCUUUUUAAACAUUACAUUAGUCAAUUGCUUCCCAUCAGUAAUCACCAAAAUUGCCCUGUAUGCCUGAUACUGAAUUAUGCUACAGCAAGUGCUGUGCUUUUUCUAUACUCUGGCUUUUUAAUAUUCUACCUAAAAUUUACAUUAAGGCAUAACCAUUUACCAAAUCCAUAUAAAAAGGCUUUGGGGAAGGAAGUAGCUUAAAGGGUAAUGUAUUGCCACGUCACGAAAUCUGGUGUGGGUGUGUGUUUCCUUAGUGGAACCAUUUAUUUUUUAAAAAAUUGCAUCACAUAUACAUAUUUCAAAUGUCUAAGUGGUUAGUGGGUUAUUUUUAACACUCAGAUGCACUGUAUUUUUAGAUUCAGAUCAGCGGCUGGACAGUGCAAUAAUAGAAAUACAACAAAAUUGACAACUUACAUCUACAGAAACAUGUCCCAUCAUUGGCAAUAAGGAAUUAUCUUCAUUUAUCCAAGAAAAUGACGCCUAGUGCAAGUACUAGUGUCAUAGUAACACAUUUCCUCACUAUUUAUCUAAAGAUGCACUAUCGUAUGCUACUCUAAUUUUUUUUUAAUUUACUUGACUAAAAAUUAUUUUUUUUAAAAAAUGCUACACUAGUUGGAAAUGUAUCAUGUAAAAAUUCAGCUGUGCGGUCUUGUUAGCAUUGGGCUUAUCUGUGCUCCGCAAAAUUUGCAAACCACAACCUUCCUUUAAAAAUCUACUCUACAGAAUUGAAAGGCAAUGUCAAAUAUGAAAGCCACCAAAAAUCACCUACAUGGGCUAGUGCUCCACAUGAUGGUUACAAUGGGUGUGUGCUGCUUUGCUCAGCUCUUGUGGAGACCCUUGGUGUUACAGAAUACUGCCAUGCAUAAGUGAUUUACAUCGGCCUCCAUUCUGGUUAUUGUACCGUGUGAAAUGCCCUUCAAAAAGCAACAGAACUGCAUUCCUUCUUUGAUGUCUCCUGUUUUAGUCCCAUAGAAGCCAACAGUAAAAACGAGACCUCUGGUGAAAGAAGCUUAUCAUGGCAUUGUUAGGAAAGCUAAAUACAUUCGGAAGAUGUGUAUUUCUUUCUUGCUUUAAAGCUACUGUAAAGCUUUUGAAACACACACAAUGAAACAAAAACAGAGCAGAAGGAAUUUGCAAAGCUGUUAAAAAAUCUAGGCUACAAUUUUAGCAUCCUUACACAGAAGCAAAUUCCACCAAAAUUAGUGGGAUUUACUUCUAAGUAAAUGCAUAUAUGAUUGGAGUGCCAGCACUUCGUCUUCUGGUUACACCCCUAGACUCUGAUCCAGCUUCAGUUUUGGGUAACCCACUAUAGGUAACAAUUGGUGGAAUGCUUCCUUUAUAUUAACCUAGUUCAAUGGGCCCCAGAUAUGCAGCCACAUCCACAUCAGCCUGCAUGUGAAUGGUUGCUUUCAUGUAUGAGUCCUCCUAGCUGGGAGCAGGGUGCUAAUGUUUCCAGAUUCUUGUACAUAUAAGAAAGGACCCCUAUAAAAACUGGGUUUUUCCAAAGGUAAGCUGGUAAACAGAUGAAAAGGCAAGCAUGUGUUAAGUGACCCUACUUAGAGCAGGGCUACUUUGAUAAGAGACUAAGCUACUCAGUGUCCAGUGUGUACUCUAACAUAAAGGUUAAGUUUGUAAGGAAACUGGCCAGAGGUGUCCAUCUGCACGAGUUCUUUUUUACCAUCU